AAAAGAUUUGAAAAUUUGAACGCUUUGGUAAAAAUAAUAUAUUUUCUGCGAAAUUUAGCAUAAAAUAAGCUUCAUUGAAUCUUAAAAUAUCGUGAAAGUGUUGUUGAUACUCCAAGUAGUUACUGGAAUAUCAAGUAACUGAACAAAAGUGCGAUUGAAACGCGUAAAUUGAAAAAAUAGUUUAGCUUUUUACGUUGUAUCCCUUUUUGUUGUUGUAAUGGAAGUUGCUACAACUUAUGACAUAAGUCUCUACAACGAAGAGAUAAUGUCGGAAGAAGAUGAUCUGACCGAUAAUAUUUCGGAUUCGCUUGAAAGACGUUCUCUGACAAAAGGAUUGAAAUGGACAAAAACUGAAGAUAACAUGCUGAAGAGUCUCGUUGAGCAAUAUGGCGAGAAAUGGGAUUUAAUUUCAGCAGAAUUAAAAGAUCGUUCAGACAUUCAAUGUCAACAACGAUGGACAAAAGUUGUUAAUCCAGAUUUGAUUAAAGGACCAUGGACAAAAGAGGAAGACGAUAAAGUCGUCGAAUUGGUAGAACGUUAUGGGCCGAAAAAAUGGACACUCAUUGCUCGUCAUUUGAAAGGACGUAUUGGAAAGCAAUGCCGCGAACGUUGGCAUAAUCAUCUCAAUCCUGCAAUCAAGAAAACAGCAUGGACUGAGGAAGAAGACAACAUAAUCUAUCAAGCUCAUAAACAAUGGGGAAAUCAGUGGGCAAAAAUCGCUAAAUUGUUACCCGGUCGUACCGAUAAUGCAAUUAAGAAUCAUUGGAACUCAACAAUGAGACGUAAAUAUGAAGGGGUUGCAGAUCGCGUUGCUAAAAACAAGAAGACAGAGUUUGAAGGCGAAGAACGUCCGAAGAAAGAGAAGCGCACAUAUCGCAUUGCUAACAAUCGAAUGGAAGAUAAAAGUUCAACAAACAGUUGGAUUUAUCAUGACGACCUCGGUCCAAUCACUCAAGAAAUUGCAAUAACAACAGAUGAAGGAGACUUCAUUGUCACACCAAUACCAAGUAAAGUUGAUGCUGGUUAUCGAUCACCAGCUAAUCUUAUUCGUGGUGUUGACUACUUGAAAUCGCCAUCAAGUUAUAAAAAUAUUUAUGACAAACCUUACAUCAUAUCUCCGUUCAAAAACAUUGAGAACGUUUUCAAUGUGCGUAAGCCAAUAAAAGUAACAAGCGAACAGUUGGGAGGCUAUUAUAAACCAGACAAUGUGCCUAACAUUCUCAAGAAGCGUAAGCGUGUUAAGCAGGAGAAUGAAGAUUUGUAUGAGGAUCAAAUGGGAGUUUUACCAAUAAAGCCAGAGAUUGAGCGUUUAAAUGGAGGCCAAUCACCACAACCAACAGUGACGCCUAUCAAGCCAUUACCGUUCUCUCCGAGUCAGUUCUUGAACUCGCCUGCUAAUAAUGUGGGAUUCUCUGAUGGAUUAUCUUCGAGUACACCAAUGAAGCAAUCAGAUGAAAAUGACACAAGUUUAUUAUCAACUCCGGUUAUGAAAGAAUCCGACACGAAAACUCCUUACAAGAAUCGUGUGAUAAGUGAAUUGGCAGGAACAUCUGAUGGCUUGACAAGAACUCCAACUCCAUUCAAGAAUGCAAUGGCUGAAGUUGGGCGUCGUCGUUCAGAAUUAUAUGUGCCGCCAAGUCCAAAUCGUUUGGAUGAAGAUAUCAGUGAAAUAAUGCAAAAAGAAGGCUCAGACAAUGAUUCACAAACUGGUGAAGAUCGAAAAGAAAAUGAGCAACCAGCAAAGCGUAUGCGACAUGAAGAUCAUGUUUGGGACAGUUCUGAAAUGUUCUUGGUUGAAACUCCGAGCAAGACACUUGCUUCCGAUUCUGGUGUCAUUUUCUCACCACCAAGUAUAAUGCGUGAAGCUUUGGAUGACUCUGAGUUGUAUUUAAAUGAUGACGAAGAUGUUAUUUAUCAUAAACGUAGAAAUCAUGAUCCAGCUCCAAAGGUCCUCGAUCCAAAAUGGGAAAAGUACACAUGUGGUCAAACAAAAGAUCAAAUCUACAUGACCAACUUAGCACGCGCUACUUUAAAGAAGACAUCACUCCAACCACGUUCACUUAAUUUUUAUUCUAAUAAUUAAAAGCAAAAGAAAGAAAAGAAGUUUCAUCGCUGAAUGAUCGUUCGAAAAGUGUGAAGAGAAGGAAAUUUAAUUUUAUAUUUUUUAAGAACAUUUUAUUACAAUCUGAAAAGAUCACCAAAGGACAAACAUUUGUGUAUCGAUGGAGUUUUCAACAACACAAAGUCGAGUUCUUUAAGUGAGAAAUUGAAAGUCAAAAACACAUACACAAUUGUCCCAGGGAAGAAAAUUGUAUAAAAAUAAUUGAAGUACAAUAAUCCACAAAGAAGCUCUUAAAGCAAAAUUUAAGAUGAAAUUCCAAAAAAAUAUUUACAGAAAUGAAGAAACAGAAGAAAAACAUUUUCUAUUUAUUUCAUGAUUCUUUUAACGUAUAAGUUGAUCAACAAUUCUAUCCAAUGAUUUGAUAGUUCUUCUCUUCGAACUUUAGUGCAUUAAUUAAUUUUUGUUUUCUUUUUCAUAUCUAAAUGUUUUUUUUUAGAAAACUUUAAAUUUUCGAAAUGUUAAAUAAGAGAAAAUUACCUAAAUAACUCUAAAUUGGAAAGAAAUGGUUUUUAAUAUCAUAAGUUACAUAGAUAAGUUCAAGAAAUUUCAAGAAAAUGUAAGAAAUUCAUUGAAAAUGCUUUUUUUCAGAAAAUAAAAAUAAGAUUUCAAAUUUGUAA